AUGUCUUUCUAUCAUCUUCGCUUACUAAUUCAAAAAUCCGCUCGUUAUGCAUGGCGUCGUCGAAUCUUUCGCUGUUAUCCAAAAAUUGUCUUCGAACUAUUUGUACCUAUUAUUUGUAUUCUUCUACUAUGUCUUCUUCGCUGGAUGUAUUCACCUUCUUCACAAAGCGGUUUUCAAAACGACUCGUUGAAUAGCACAGCAUCACCUCGCAUCCAAAUCAGCCCUACCUCGAUUAUUUCCCCUCAGGAUUCUUUUCAAAUUUUGAAUUAUACUUCCGUUUACCGAUGUCCAUCAUCGAAUAUAGCAGUUGUAAUUACAUCUGAACAGUUAUUUAAACGUUUUACACGUCUAUGUCCGCGCAGUCAUUUUAUCUUAUCGUCUCGACAAUCAGAUGGACAAAUUUUAUUGAAUACAUCCGUGGACAUGCAUCAGAUUAGCUAUCGAUGCCUAUAUAACAACCCACACUGGUGUUGGAAAAUAAAUCUAUUGGCAAAAGAAUCUGAUACUGUACAAAUUCAACAUCCUUCAGCAUCUCUUUGUUCUCAUUUGGACACACAGGGAUACAGUUUAGUACUGAAAGCUUAUCUAUCACUUGAAUCGCUUCUAAACAUACCAUCGAAUAAGCAACAACUAUUAGUUUAUACAUGGCCAUGUUCAUCAUAUGUUUCCGAUGCACUUUUCAGUCAUUUUCCUCGUUUUACUUUUAUCAUCAUUCUGAUUCUUGUUGAUGGAUGUAUUAUGUUUAGUUUUAAUUUUCUUUUCCAAGAACUCAUCGAAGAAAAGCGUCAGGGAAUAACUGAACUUCUCCGUUUACUUUCUGUUCGACCGUUACUCAACAGUCUCGCAUGGUUUUUACGUGUUCUCAUCAUUCAAUUACUAACAAAUGCAAUUCUGAUCUUCACAUUAAAAAUUUCAUUCGACGGAGCAAUCUAUCUUGCUUACGUCACAAUUUGGUUAAUUAUUCCAACUAUUCUCCUCUGGACAAUUCAUGUUCUCUCGCGAUCGAUUCUCGUUGCACAUGUGUUUAAUAGUGUACUCAAGGCGUCGCUUUGGUCAUGGUUCAUUUAUUUUAUUUCAUUUUGGCUAGCGGUUUCCUCAUCAGUGCAAUUGCCAUUAAUAAUUCAUUUAAUUGCUUCAAUUUGGCUGCCGUUCUACUCAAUAAAACGAAUAUUUGUUGUUUUUAUUCAAGUUAAUACAAACGCCGGCCGUCAUACAGAUUUGUUACAUGAAAUUAUCUAUAUCUGGAUAUGCAUGAUCUUUGGUACUCUCCUUUUUUGGCUUCUAGCGUUCUAUUUCGAACGAAUUCGACCAGGAAAAUAUGGAAUAGCACGUUCCUGGUCAUGGCCUUUAGAUUACAUUCGCAAGAAACAAUCGAGACGAGAAAGUACUGAUUUAACAAUGGUAGAGAUGCCGUCGAAACAGCAAACAACUGUUCGAAUCAAUAAUUUAACGAAAAGCUAUGGUCGAUACGGUACUGAACGACAAGUUGCUGUUGAUCAUAUUUCAUUUACGUUAGAAAAUUCGACAAUAUACGGACUAAUUGGCCAUAAUGGUGCUGGUAAAACUACAACCAUGGAAAUGAUAUGUGGUCUAUUGUCUUGUGACUGUGGUACAGUUGAAAUUCACAAUAAAAACUUAUCUGAAAACUUACAUGAGCUUCAAGCAUGCAUUGGUUAUUGUCCACAACAAGAUAUGCUCUUUUCGCACUUGACCGUUCGUGAACAAUUAGAAUUCUAUGCUCGUAUACGAUCGAAAGGAAAUACUGUGGAUAAUAAUCAAAUUGAAGCAUUACUUGGUAUGAUGAGUAUGAACGAACAUGAUCAAAAAUUAUGCCACACAUUAUCCGGCGGUAUGCAACGAAAAUUAUCGAUUGCUUGCGCAUUUGUUGGACAAGCAAAUAUCAUAGUUUUAGACGAACCAUCAGCUUCCCUUGAUCCUGCGGCUCGUCGGAUGCUUUGGACUUGGCUUCGCGAACAUAAAACAAACCGAACACUCUUAAUAUCGUCUCAUCUAUUGGAUGAAGUCGAAGAACUUUGCGAUUCAGUUAUCAUUCUUGAUGCUGGUAAAAUUCAAGCACAAGGAACAAUUCUUGAACUUAAACAACAAUACGGACCAUCGGGUGAUCGACUUCAUCUUGAUCAACUGCCAAAUUAUAUUCCAAACGAGUGGAUUAUUGACGAAAAUAAUCAAUACGUACAUAUACCUGAUCGACAACAGCUAAUCACAUUACUUAAACGAUUGGAAAAAGAUAAUAUUCAUUAUUCUUUGAUGAAUACAACACUCGAUGAUGUUUUUCUUAGACUAGCGUCUUCAGAAUCACCAACACAAGACGAAGGUAAUCUGAAAUCUCAGAUUGAUAUAUUAUUUACGACUCGAACAAAUUCGCGAAUAACUGAUCUAUGGUUGCAACAAGUGCUCGGUGUAUUUAUUCGACGAAGUCAGAUAUUUCUACGGCGAGCUCGCCUUCUACCUAUUGUUUUAAUUCUUUAUCUACUAUAUGCUCUUGCCCCCAUCUAUUUACCUUCGUUCAAUUCAUCAACACAGGAACUUAGUUACAUUAUCUCAUCUCCUUUAGAACACAUCAAUGCAAUGAAUUUAAGACAAUUUCCGGUGAAAACCGUGCCUUUCUACUCCACAUCAAAACAAUUUCAAGAAUACUUACAAAGUAUUUCACCAUGGCAAUCGAAUCACGGUCAUCGGAAGAGGCUGAUUGCAGUUCGAAUAAAUUCGUUUCAACAAAUGGAAUGCUAUGUUCCACCCCCAGCACUAUCGAAUAUCAUCUCAUCGUGCUUAUCCAUAUUUUCGGUAUUUUCCAAUCGUAGUAUAUCACCAUUACAAUUAAUCGGCCGAGAGAGAGGAAGUUCAUUACCGACCUCGUCGGAUAUGUCCUCAGCGCAAUACGACUCACCGUUCUUUUGUUUUUAUACACUGCCACCUUCGAUGCAUUUAUCCAUUUUCUUACUAUCGUUGAUAUUAAUUGUUUGUGCUGCGUUUAUCAUUCACGAUUAUGCGUCAGGUCUUCAUUCAUACUCGCUCAUUCACAAUCUUCGGUCACCUAUUAAUUGGUUGAUCAUAUUUCUCAGCGAUCUUCUAUUAUGUUUAAUUUGGUUACUCAUUCUUAUUCUUAUUGCACGUUUCGUUCAUUCAUCGACAUUCAAUGGUCGAUUCUUUGCAUUAACACCGCUCUUCUUCAUUGUUAAUUUACCCUUCAUUUACCUUCUUGCGAAAUUCUUCAAAGCUCCUGUACUAGGCGCAACAGUGAUCAUCUUCAUUCUGCAACUAGCACUCGUUUUGAACGCAUUCAAAACUUUUAUUGAACUCUUUCGUGGUUAUCCUCUAUUGUCAUUAAUUGUGCACAUCGUCCGCUGGUCGCUUCUACUUCUAUUUCCAAACGUGAAUGUAUUCAUCUUGAUCGUGGCUGUACUUCGAAAGUCUUAUUGUCAAAUUGAUGAGUCGAUAUUAGGACAAGGCGGGGAUGACUUUUCUCACGAACGAUAUCCCUACAAGAUAUUGAUUCAUACGUUGAUUUUCGUUAGUCAAUUUGUCAUCUAUUUUUUUCUACUCAUUAUGGUUGAUCUUGGUAAAGUUCAGAUUUCUAUGUGCGAACGUAAGAUCAAAAUCAAAGUUCGUAGUGAAGCAGGAGAUGAUGAUGUUCUCGAAGAGAAAACUCGAAUAAAAUCAAUGAGUAGUGCGAAUCGACGGAAACAAGCGCUUGUUUUGGAUAGCCUUACAAAACUUUACCGUGAAGCAAUACAUCCAGCGGUGAAUCAACUUUCAUUUGCAGUGCCACGUGGACAAUGUUUUGGUUUACUCGGAUUCAAUGGAAGUGGUAAAACAACAACAUUUCGUAUGCUAGUUGGCGAAUUACAUUCAACCGAUGGUCGAAUCUAUCGAAACCGACACGAAUUGAUUGGUUAUUGUCCUCAAAACGAUAUCGCAUUUCCAGCAUUAACGGUUGCACAAACUAUUGAUUACAUUUGUCGUAUUCACGGCAUAGAACCUUCUGUAUUGAAUAAUAUAAUCUUGAGUCAAUUUCAAUUAGGAAAAUAUCGACAUCGACUAGUAUCGAAUUUGAGUGGUGGCACUCAACGUCGCCUUCAUCUUGCUCUUUGUCUAAUUGGAUCACCAACACUUCUUCUACUCGAUGAACCGACAGCUAAAGUCGAUCCUGUUCUACGUAGUCAUAUUCGUCUUAUACUGCAACAUCGUCCGAUUAACACAGCUAUUAUAUUCGCUUCACAUUCAAUGCUUGAAUGUGAACAACUAUGUGAACGAUUGACUAUUCUUGUUCGUGGUAAUGCACGAUGUUUAGGUUCCAUUGACCGUCUGAAAACAAAAUAUGGUGCAAAUUAUCGUGUGCGAUUGACGUUACUUGAAUCAUCAGUACAAGUACCAUCGCUUAUUUCUGUUGAAAAUAGUAAUGAAUAUGUAUAUCCGAAAGGAAGUUUAGCAGAGUUAUUCACACUGCUAGAAGGACUAGUAGAACAGCAUCAAAUUGCGGCAAAUUAUACAGUACAACUAACAUCGUUGGAACAUAUUUUUUUAACGUUUCAACAUUCGAUGUGA